UUCAUCUCCAUCCCCAUAUCUCUCCUCACAGCAACAGCAAUGCCCUGGCAAAAGACCUUCCGCCUCCCGGCCCACACGAAGGGCAUGCACCUCGUCACGCGCGACGUCCUGCGCGAGGUCGAGGAAGGCCUGAAGGGCGUCGAGAUUGGCGUGUUCACCCUCAACUGCCUGCACACGAGCGCGGGGCUGACUGUGAACGAGAACGCCGACCCGUCGGUGCGCACUGAUAUGGACAUGGCGCUCGACCGUAUCGUGCCCGAGUCGUUCCCCUGGGAACACACGGACGAGGGGCCAGACGACUCCGUGUCCCACCUCAAGACCUCCCUCGUGGGCAACAGCAUCACCCUCCCCAUCUCCAAGGGCAAGCUCGUCCUCGGUACCUGGCAGGGCAUCUACCUCGCCGAGUUCCGCUACUCUGGUGCCGGGUGGGGCGGGCGCGGCGAGGGGCGCAAGGUGGUCGCGACGAUCCUGCCAUGAGCCAGCCCCAUCACCCACGUACAAUCAUAUAGACUAUGCAUGUGCCUCCCGGCAUGAUGGCUGCUCUCGCAGAUGCUACUGACUCUGUCGCGGUCUAGCCCCCGCCGACGCCGCGCUCCCCUCCACCCGCGCAACCUUUGACGGACCAGCCCGCGCGCACCCCUAUGGCUUGCGCUUGGCGUCGCCGCCCUUGGGCUCCUUGGGCUUGGUCUCACCCUUCGGCUCCUUCGGCUUGCGCUGCUUGCCCGUCUUGUUAAUGGUCACCACGGAGGCUUCGAACUUUGCGCGACCUUCGCCGUUCCAUUCUGCCAACAGCCACGAAGCGCACUCCUCCUUGGUGCCUGACGGGUGGUCGAGCUGCCACACGUUGACGCCGUCGAGGAGCACCUUGAGCAGUGGGCUGGGGCGGAGGUCGAGAAGCUUGAGCACCUCCUUGCCGUCGAGGAGCGGCGCGAGGUCGAUCGCCUCGGGGAGGCCGAGCUCGACGAUGCGCGCCUUGAGCGCGAGGAAGGACUGCAGGAUCGCCUCGUGUUCUGGCGCCCAGGUGCCCUGCCACGUUGGGACGAUGCGCUGCGCAAUAGCCCACACAAAGCUCUGCUGCCAUGGGCGGACAGCCGGGUGCUGGAGCACGACGCCAAUGUCAGACCGGGAGCCGGUUUGGAGCUUCGGGUCGAGAAGAUCCGCCGCCUCGAAGAGGUGCGCGACCGAGUCGGUGAUCGCAGCCGAGAGCUUGAGCGACUCGGCAAUGAUGACGCCGACGACGGGCUUGUCCUUGGUCUUUACCUGAGUGAUCGCGCCGCGGUAUGGGCUCACGGCGGCUGCGAGCCAGAGCAGGGGGGACGAGGUAGACGCAGGAGCCGCCGAGACAAGCUCUUCCCGCUUAAGGAGCACAUCCAGAACCCGGGCAGCGGCGAUCGCCUCUCCGCGCGGGUGCGGCGGCUCAGUCGGCCACAUGUAGAUCGACGAGUGGAGACCGAGGGUGUCGAUGAGCUCGGCCGACCCGAUAGCGUUCUUCUCGAUCAUCUUGUACGUCUCGAUGCCGACGCGCUCGCGGCUGACCUUUGUCCUCAGCGCCGCCUGGAUAUCCUCCUCCUUGAUGGCUGCCGCGACAUCUGGCUGGAUCGUCAAGCCGAAGCGCGAGCUGAAGCGGACUGUACGGAGCACGCGCAGCGGGUCAUCAAGGUACGUCUGGCGCGGGGGGAGUGGCGUGCGGGCAAUCUUCUUCUCCAGGUCGUCGAGGCCGUGGCGCGUCCAGUCCUCCACCUGGCGCGAGUGGACAUUGUAGAACAACGAGUUGAUCGUCAGGUCCCGGCGAAUGGCGUCUUCCUCUGGCGUGCCGAGGCUCACCACCUGGUCAGGUAUCCUACUGUCCGUGUACGUCUCGGACCUGAGCCCGACAAAGUCGCACUCGAGCCCCAUGAUCGUCGUGGUACCCGUCUCGAGGUGCUUGCUCUGGUCGGGGUUGGCCGCCACGCGGCCCACACGGCCAGUGUUCACCUGGCUGUGGUUGUCAUGGAGGAAGUUGACGAACGACUCGGCGAACGCGUACCCGGAUGUUGUCGAGAGGGCGAUAUCGAGGUCGUGAGAAGGGAGCGCGAGGAGCUUGUCCCGCACCCAGCCGCCGGCGAUGCGGCACUCGACUGGCGGCUCGAGCCCAGCGGCAAACUUGUCGAGGAGGGACACAAACUUUUCCUCGUCGUCCGAGAGGCGGAUGGCGCCGGCGGGGCCGAGAAUGGGCCUGGACAUGGGGGAUACUCUUGCUGCUGUUGUGCUUGCAAGACGGUGUAUCGAGCGCAAGGGGGGGAUGAAGCGCAUGCACGGGUUGAAGGAG